UCACCACCACUGCCAUGUUGUUCUGCAAAUACACUGAUCAGCAGGGAGACGGAAGUGUUUAUUUCUAACAUCACGGUGGAGUUUUAACUGUUAAAAAAACAACAACAAAAACCUGUCACUCUAUGUUUUGUUUUAAAGGGUCGUGAAGUACCAGUGAUACGAGCUGGCUGUCAUUCAUGGCAGGAUGAGAAAGAAGCAGACUGCCAAACAGAGGAAGACCGAGGAGACACCAGUAGUCCAGGAGUUUGUGGUAGAAAAAAUAAUUCGCCGCAGGAUCUUUAACGGGCGAGUGGAGUACUUCCUGAAGUGGAAAGGUUUCACUGAUGCAGAAAACACGUGGGAACCUGAGGACAAUCUGGACUGCCCUGAACUCAUCGAAGAGUUCCUGAGAAACACCCCUUUCCCAGAGGGGAAUGAGGAAGAUCAAACCCAGCAAGAGUUAAUUCCAAAAGAAGAAAUGACAGAGCAGGAGACGGAAAUUUCCUGUAUGCAGUCUCAGCAGCAGGCUCACACUGUGCAGAGCAACAGCGAGCCAAGCGACACGCAGUCAGAUACCCCCACUAACCUCAGCACUUACCUCGAGCCUGAAUGCAUCAUUGGCUCCACAGACAGACAGGGAGAGCUCAUGUUCCUCGUCAAAUGGAAGAACUCCGACGAUGUGGCCCUGCUGCCGGCCCGCGAAGCCAGUGCCAGGUGUCCCCAGGUGGUCAUCGACUUCUACGAGCAGAAGCUGACCUGGCACUGCGGAGACGAGGAGCAGUGAAAUGUGUGCGUGGGUUGUGUACAGAGGCAAACUGAUAAACAGCUGUGCUCUCGCCUGAAGCUUAGUUUAACCUCCAUCGAGUGUCCUCCUUCAGCUGACAUUAGAGGCACAACUGUGUGAAAUUGCGCUGCAGGUAGAAUUCCACAUUCUGGCAGGUGCGAGAUCCUCAGCGGGGACGGAUUUUUAGUGCUCUCAGUCCCACGGUGCUCAAUGAGGUCUGUGUGCCUUUGUGGAGACUGCGAUGGGGACUAAAACUAACCUUUGUGUAGAGCAGCUGAUCUGAGAUCAGACUAACCUGUAGCAGCUUUGGUCUCGCGUAAGCAGACACAAUCACUGUGGACAUGCAUUUCAUUUUUAUUGCUAUGUAGUCAUAGAAUAUUUGUGGUCACCUUAGCUGUUUGAUGUGUUCUUUAUAUCUUUUAUUAUGUAGGUAGAGUGAACUAACCGCCGUCUAAUCCAUUCCUCCAUGUAGCUUUUAGGCAGAGCUGAAGAUUUUAGACCUGUUGUGCUAACAUUUGUCGUUUGAACCUGUUUUGUGUCUGGUGUUUAUAACCACAGCUUUUACUGUGUCUCUUUGUGGCCCUUGUGUUUGAUGUGGAAUAUUAAAAAAAAAAUUGCCCACCAUAAAAAAAUUUUUUUUCCAAUCAGCUGCUAAAUACCAAAUAUAAUCUUCUACUCAGUAUUGGAUUAUAACAAGAUUAUUAGUGAGUUUUUUUUAUAUAUAUUUUAAAUGGUGCUUAAACAAAGUCCUGGCACAAUCAAUGACAUUUUCUUAAAAAUUCUAAAAUAAAUCAAUUGAGAUUAACACAAAAACUUUUGUGCACCAGUGAUGGCUAAUAAAUUGUUGAAUGUAGCACUUUAGAUAUGAGACUGUCCAAUUACUGUACAAACUGCAUCGUCUUCAAGUAAUUAUACAGGUCUGUGUACAUGUUAACUGUAUACUGAUGGCAGUGUCCUGACUCGCCGUAUCUCCCAUGACUGUUAUGUUACACUCAGCUGAACCAUAAACCUCCAAAAAAAAGAAAACACCUGCUACUGAAUGACUUUAACUGUUGACCAUGAAUCUGUGAAGUCUCUGUGAAUAAA